GGGGCGGGCUCAGGUGUGCCCGGCCCUGCCCUCGGCCCGGGAUGCGCUGAGCGGCCGGAGAGCGAAGGCAAUGGAUCCGCUGGAGACGAACAGCAGCUGCAGCAACGGGUCUCUGAUCACCCUUUCGUGCCUUUCCCACCGGGUUGUGUGCCAAGUGAUCAGCAGUGCUGUCCCAGCUGACUCUGUCCAGGACAAUGGGACUUCAGAUAGUUCCUGGAUAACUCGGCUGGAAAAUAAUUAUGGAUUCUACAUUGGCCUGGGCUUGGCUGUCUUCUCCAGCUUCCUCAUCGGGAGCAGUGUCAUCCUCAAGAAAAAAGGACUGCUACGGCUGGUGGAGAAGGGAGGCACGAGGGCAGGAGACGGAGGCCACGGCUACCUAAAGGACUGGCUCUGGUGGGCUGGCUUGUUAACCAUGGGUGGAGGGGAAGCUGCCAACUUCGCUGCCUAUGCCUUUGCUCCUGCAACUAUUGUCACGCCUCUGGGGGCUCUGAGCGUGCUCAUAAGUGCCAUUCUGUCCUCAUAUUUGCUUGGAGAACGGCUCAACCUGCUGGGAAAGCUGGGCUGCCUGCUGAGCCUGGUGGGCAGCACUGUGAUGGUCAUACACGCCCCAGAGGACGAGGAGGUCACCACUCUGGAGGAAAUGACUUCCAAGCUGAAGGAGCCUGGUUUCCUGGCUUAUGCUGCGAUCCUCCUGGCUCUCUGCUUCCUCCUGAUCUUCUUCCUCGCACCCCGUUACGGCCAGAGCAACAUCCUCGUCUACCUCGCCAUCUGCUCCGUUAUCGGCGCCUUCUCCGUGUCCUCAGUCAAGGGCUUGGGAAUUGCCAUCAAGGGCUUCUUUGCUGACCAGCCUGUGCUGCAGCAUCCACUGACGUGGAUCCUGGUCAUCACCCUGGUGGCAUCCAUCACCACACAGAUCAACUACCUCAACAAGUCUCUAGACAUUUUCAACACCUCUUUGGUGUUCCCCAUCUACUACGUGCUGUUCACCACCAUCGUCAUCACCACUUCCAUCAUCCUCUUUAAGGAGUGGGUCACCAUGACCGUGGUUGACAUCAUUGGGACAGUCUGUGGCUUCCUCACCAUCAUUUUGGGGGUGUUUUUACUCCAUGCUUUCAAAGACAUGGACGUCAGUUUAUGGAAUUUACCACAAGUCCUUCAGAAUGAACCGGUCACCAGAGAUGACAAGAACAUCCUGAUAGAGGUGGACAACUCCAGCAUCGCCCCAGAGGAUAAACCCAAAACACUUGCAUGAACUCUAAAAUACACUCCAGCAUCUCGAGAGGAGGUGAGAGACAAGGACUGACCGGUGCACGCCUGCUAUUCAGACUCUGCUCGUCCAUGUUUAAUCACUUGCUCUGCAAAUAAUGGGACAAGAAUAUUGGUGAAUAUGGGCAAAACAGGGUGAAUUUUGAAAUAGCUGCUCACUCAGGCUCAGUGGCAGGACUCAAGCCAUGAAGUGUUUUACAGAGAGAUCUUUUUCAGCUUUUGGUUUUUUGCGAGGUGCAGGAGUUUCCCUGGAGCAGUGUUAAUUAUUUUUAUGGAAGCUUUGUUUGUUUGGGUUGGUUUAUUUUUCCCUUAGCAUCCCUGGUGCCCAGGCCUUGCUGAAGUUGCUGGGCCUGACCCAGACCCCACCUGAGGAAGGGCUGGGGGAGCUCCCAUGUCAGGAGAAAUUCUGCCACCGUCUCCAACACUUCUGGUGAAAAUCUUUUCAGUCCGAAAGACCAAGUGGCUGUAAAUGUUAUGUAUUUUUUUCUCAGGAAAUAUCUUGACCUUGGCAAGGCCCCCCCCCCAAUUCUUUGAACCCCAUGAGGUGUCCUACUGUCCUCUGAGAUGCUCACAUGAUUAUACCUGGGUCUGAGCAUCACUGAGCAAAUACAACGUAGGGCUGUGGGAGAGAGGACUAUGCAAUCUCCUAUUUUAAUAACAUUUCACUACUAUUUUUUUGGAAUGUGGAAAGGGAAAUAAAGGUUUUU